AUUAGUCUUAGUGAGUAUAUAUUAAAACCAUUGAUUGACAAUGUGGUAGGGAAACUUAUCGUUACCGUGAAAAGUUGUCAUUUGGCACUAUUUUUCAAAUUUGAAAGUCAAUACCAUUUCCAACAUUUGUGGAUUUAGCACUGCACCGUCAAGGGCUCAAAGCUGCUUUCUUUGCGCUCCAAAACACGCAGAAAACUGCAAUCCCUUGUAUGUUUUGUUAUUUUUCACUUGGUUUUAUGGACUUUUGCUUCAAUCAUAGCGUCAGUGGUGCGUGCUCACCAGGUGUUUGUAGAAAUGCCCAACAGAAGUAUAAAGACAUAGAGAAAGAUUUGCCACUCUGUUAUUGGAAUCUGCUCCACACUUUGCCUCUAUGGGGUGCAGUAACAGCUUGGGGAUUCAUUCUUUGUCUAUCUUAGCGCCUCAGCGGGUAAUUCUUCAGCAAAAAUCCAUACCAAAGUCCCAUUCUUUGUCCCCAACUGUCACCGUUUCUAGCCUUGCCACUAACAAGACCUGCUCUGAGAGGUACCCAAUACCAAGAGGUUGCUUGGGAUUCACUGCAUUCACCAGAAAGGUAAAUAAGACCAUAAGAGGAUGUGCUGCCAGCCCAUUUGUUGUUGCCAAUGAUGAAAAGUAUGGAAACAAGCAGAUUAUCAGUAUUACCCCACGCCUUUACGACUACAUCCUUGCCAAUGUUCGAGAGCCAGAGGUUCUACAACAACUUAGGGAGGAGACUGCCUCUAUGCGUGGUAGUCAGAUGCAGGUGUCUCCUGAUCAGGCUCAACUGCUUGCAAUGCUUGUGCAGAUUCAUGGGGCUGAAAAGUGUAUUGAAGUUGGCGUUUAUACCGGAUAUUCAUCAUUGGCUAUUGCACUGGCUCUUCCAGAAUGUGGUAGGUUAGUAGCCUGCGAAAGAGAUUACAGAAGUCUCGAGGUAGCAAAAAAGUAUUAUGAUCAAGCCAACAUUUCCCACAAGGUGCAUGUUAAAUAUGGACUUGCAGCAGAUUCCUUGAGAUCAUUGAUUCUGAAUGGUGAAGCAUGUAGCUAUGAUUUCGCAUUUGUUGACGCUGACAAGAAGAUGUACAAGGAAUACUUUGAAUUGUUACUACAACUUGUGAGUGUUGGGGGUCUAAUUGUGUUUGAUAAUGUCCUCUGGCACGGAAAAGUUGCUGACCCUGAGCAGGUAAACGAUGCCAAGACUGUCAGCAUCAGAAAUUUCAAUACAAGUAUAAUGGAGGACAAGCGUGUAAGCAUUUGUAUGGUACCCAUUGGAGAUGGCAUGACAAUCUGCCGAAAAAGGUGACCUUGUAACAAAAAGUUGAUGCAGUUCUAGACUUAAGCGACCAAUGCCAUACAUAAAUUAGUGUGUGCAGAAGUUUAGCAACAAGGAAAGCGCAUGUUCAGUGUUUUCAAGAAAAGUACAUCGAGGGAAGACGGCUACCAUGGCAUGUGGUAUGGUGGUUGAAACUGAGGAUGGAAGUUCUUACUUCAACAUGUUAGGCCUUUAGCUCAAGGCCAAAUAUUCCGAAAGCAGGAAAUUUCGGUGUUUGGGAGCGGCAGAAGAGAAGGGAUUUCUAGCCAUUUGAUGCAUUACAACAUGCCAUUGUAUCUUGUUUGGUAAGGGGUGUUCAUGAAUCGUAUUGGAUAAUGUAUGCACAUAAUGAGAAGAUAAAGUCAUGUAUUGUAUACCAGUUUAAGAAAAGGCGGGAUUGUUUCUAGAUUUGGAUUGGAUAGGAUAUCUGAUAAAAUUUAAGGUAUGUUGAAGGGGGGAUUGUUUCUAGAAUUAGAUUGGAUAGGAUAUCUGAUAAAAUUCAAGGUAUGUUAAAGGCGGAAUUGUUUCUAGAA